AUGCCUAAAUAUUCAAAAUUUAUGAGAGACUUUCUCACUCACAAGAGGAAAAUUGAAACACUGCAAUUAGUUAAUUUGAGUGAAGAAUGCUCCGCCGUACUACUUAACAAACUCCCACAAAAGAAAAUCGACCCCGGAAGCUUCACCAUCCCUUGUUCUAAUUGGGGAUCACCCAUAUGCAAUGCGCCAGCCGAUCUUGGGGCUAGCAUCAAUCUCAUGCCCGCAUCAAUGUUUGACCGACUCGGACUAGGUAAAACAAGCCCCACAAAGAUGAGCAUACAACUCGUUGAUAGGUCUAUCAAGUAUCCACAAGGUUUCGCCAAAAAUCUGUUGGUAAAAGUCGGAGACUUUGUCUUCCCGGCUGACUUUGUCAUACUAGAUAUGGAGGAAGAUACCGUAGUACCACUCAUCCUAAGAAGACCAUUCCUAGCCACCGCUCACGCAAUGGUGGACAUGAAUGGUGGGAAAUUAACAUUGAGGGUUGGGGACAUGAAUGGUAGAAGACAACGACCCGGUCAACUACAUGAAUAUCAUAGACUCAAGCUUGGUUGA